GACUGGAUAAGGUCUAGGACUCAACUCAGCUACCACUCUACUCAUGAAAACCAUGGCAUAUCUCUGACUGCUCCCUAGGUAAGCCAGUUAUUCCUGUGUUUGGAGACACAAAGGAUGGAAUGUUCUGUGGCUACCUCAACAAAACAGAUGGCUGUCAUUCCAGGACAGGAAGAAAAAUCCAAUGGCUUCCUCCCCGCUUGACAAUUCAGAUGAGUUUGGAUACCUCUUCUUUGGAUCAUAGGACCACGCUUCUCUAAGUUGUGAGGACAUCAAUCUUAGGACCCAGAAAGUGCUGGAAGGAAAUUGAACAGGAAAGUGGGACCCUGGAAGAUUCUGGAAAGAUACCUGGGGGUGCAGAGAUGACCGCUGCGGGCAGCUCUCAGUCCACUCCAGCCUGAACAAGAGAAGAACCUCAAGGCCUGUGACGACACACCCUUCUGUUCUCGGUGGAGCCUCCUUCCCUCAUGCUCAGGCUGCCACAGAGUACAGCUCCUUCAUUUCACAUCCUCCCUUCAUAGCCACAGGGAGAUCAUGAGACUAUCUUCUUGAAACGUAAUUGAAACCACAACCAUGAUCCCCUUCAGCCAGAGACCCAUGUUUAUGUGGCUUCCCUCUAAAGACGGCUCUGGAUCCCAGGAAUCAGUCUGGCCCCGGGGAACCACCUGCCACACUCCAGCCAGGGAAGUGCACUCAUGGGAAUUUCCCUUCUUUGGUAUGGGAAGAACAGAUCACCCAGACUCUGUGAACAAAUAGAGUUUCAGCAAUGAGCUAAAGGCAGCUGACCUUUGAGGAGGAAAUCGCUGCUCUCGGCUCCUUCCUGUAGUAACAGCCGCCACCGCCGCCGCCGUCAAGAGCCGUCAGGAACCGUCAGGAGCCCGACCGGGAGCGACAGCUGCAGGCGUUCCGCAGCACCAGGUGAACAGCCAUGGCCGGCUGGAUUCAGGCCCAGCAGCUGCAGGGAGAUGCGCUGCGCCAGAUGCAAGUGCUGUAUGGGCAGCACUUCCCCAUCGAGGUCCGGCACUACCUGGCCCAGUGGAUCGAGAGUCAGCCCUGGGAUGCCAUUGAUUUGGACAAUCCCCAGGACCGAAGCCAGGCCACCCAGCUCCUGGAGGGCCUGGUGCAGGAGCUACAGAAGAAAGCAGAACACCAGGUGGGGGAAGAUGGGUUUUUGCUGAAGAUCAAGCUGGGGCACUAUGCCACACAGCUCCAGAACACCUACGACCGCUGCCCCAUGGAACUGGUUCGCUGCAUCCGGCACAUUCUGUACAAUGAACAGAGGCUGGUCCGGGAAGCCAACAACUGCAGCUCCCCUGCUGGUGCCCUGGUUGAUGCCAUGUCCCAGAAGCACCUUCAGAUCAACCAGACGUUUGAGGAGCUGCGCCUGAUCACACAGGACACGGAGAACGAGCUGAAGAAGCUGCAACAGACCCAAGAGUACUUCAUCAUCCAGUAUCAGGAGAGCCUGCGGAUCCAAGCUCAGUUUGCCCAGCUGGCCCAGCUGAACCCCCAGGAGCGCAUGAGCCGGGAGACAGCCCUCCAGCAGAAGCAAGUGUCCCUGGAGGCCUGGCUGCAGCGAGAGGCACAGACUCUGCAGCAGUACCGUGUGGAGCUGGCUGAAAAGCACCAGAAAACCCUGCAGCUGCUGAGGAAGCAACAGACCAUCAUCCUGGAUGACGAGCUGAUCCAGUGGAAGCGGAGGCAGCAGCUGGCGGGGAACGGGGGUCCCCCCGAGGGCAGCCUGGACGUGCUGCAGUCCUGGUGUGAGAAGCUGGCCGAGAUCAUCUGGCAGAACCGGCAGCAGAUCCGCAGGGCUGAGCACCUCUGCCAGCAGCUGCCCAUCCCAGGCCCCGUGGAGGAGAUGCUGGCCGAGGUCAACGCCACCAUCACAGACAUCAUCUCAGCCCUGGUCACCAGCACAUUCAUCAUAGAGAAGCAGCCUCCUCAGGUCCUGAAGACCCAGACCAAGUUCGCAGCCACCGUGCGCCUGCUGGUGGGUGGGAAGCUGAACGUGCACAUGAACCCCCCGCAGGUGAAGGCCACCAUCAUCAGUGAGCAGCAGGCCAAGUCCCUGCUCAAGAACGAGAACACCCGCAAUGAGUGCAGCGGCGAGAUCCUGAACAACUGCUGCGUCAUGGAGUAUCACCAAGCCACAGGCACCCUCAGCGCCCACUUCAGAAACAUGUCACUGAAAAGAAUCAAGCGUGCUGACAGGCGUGGGGCAGAGUCCGUGACAGAGGAGAAGUUCACGGUCCUAUUUGAGUCUCAGUUCAGUGUUGGCAGCAAUGAGCUGGUGUUCCAGGUGAAGACGCUGUCCCUCCCUGUGGUUGUCAUCGUUCACGGCAGCCAGGAUCACAAUGCUACCGCCACUGUGCUGUGGGACAAUGCCUUUGCUGAGCCGGGCAGGGUGCCAUUCGCCGUGCCUGACAAGGUGCUGUGGCCGCAGCUGUGUGAGGCGCUCAACAUGAAAUUCAAGGCAGAAGUGCAGAGCAACCGGGGCCUGACCAAGGAGAACCUCGUGUUCCUGGCACAGAAGCUGUUUAACAGCAGCAGCAGCCACCUGGAGGACUACAACAGCAUGUCCGUGUCCUGGUCCCAGUUCAACCGGGAGAACCUGCCAGGCUGGAACUACACUUUCUGGCAGUGGUUUGAUGGGGUGAUGGAGGUACUGAAGAAACAUCAUAAGCCCCACUGGAAUGAUGGGGCCAUCUUAGGCUUUGUGAACAAGCAACAGGCCCAUGACCUGCUCAUCAAUAAGCCAGAUGGGACCUUCCUAUUGCGUUUUAGCGACUCAGAAAUCGGAGGCAUCACAAUUGCCUGGAAGUUUGACUCUCCCGACCGAAACCUCUGGAAUCUGAAGCCAUUCACCACGAGAGAUUUCUCCAUACGGUCCCUGGCUGACCGACUGGGGGACCUGAGCUACCUCAUUUACGUGUUCCCAGACCGACCCAAGGAUGAGGUCUUUGCCAAGUACUACACUCCUGUACUUGCAAAAGCAGCUGAUGGAUACGUGAAGCCACAGAUCAGACAAGUGGUCCCUGAGUUUAUCAGUGCAUCUGCUGAUGCUGGAGCCAACGCCACCUACAUGGACCAGGCCCCUUCCCCGGUGGUGUGCCCCCAGCCUCAUUACAACAUGUACCCACAGAACCCCGACCCUGUCCUCGACCAAGAUGGAGAAUUUGACCUGGAUGAGACCAUGGAUGUUGCCAGACAUGUGGAGGAACUUUUACGACGGCCCAUAGACAGUCUUGACUCACGCCUCUCCCCACCUGCUGGCCUCUUCACCUCUGCCAGAGGCUCCCUGUCCUGAACACCGGAAUGCCUUGCUUCUCCCUGUCCUGAACACCGGGAUGCCUUGCUUCUCUUGGCAAACCGCCUUCGAUGUGAAGAGCCCAUGUCAGCUGUGACUUAUCUCUGUAUAUACCGACGGCUCUGCACCAGUGUGUGUGUUGGUGCAAUAAGCAGUAUGCUGCCUUGCCUACACAGUUCUUGGUCUGUGGUUAAAUCAGUGGUGGACUUUUUGUUCAGGCCCCAAGGGCCCCCUGGGUCUCUCAAGAAAGAGCUGGACCUAUCAUUCCAGACAAACCUAUUUCCCUGUGUACUUUAUCAGUUCAAUGGCUACUGAAGUGAAAUAAUUCUAGAAAAGGAAAGGAGGCAGGGUUAGGCACUAAGCUGGAGUUUUGCUACUGAGCUAGAAACUUCACCUGCAUGGGUGUAUGCCCGUCCUCUUGCACAUGUGGUAGCCUAAUUGAUGCGCUCCCUCCAGAGGGAGAUGGGGGUUCACUCUUAGCAACACAGUGGGCUGCAGACUUUGGAACGCCUCUGAGUGCUUAAGCUGCAGCCAUGAACACAGCAGCCCUGGGUUAACCUGAGUCAGGGCUACCACAGCUGAGUAUGUCGGUUCUUGGGCUCUUACCUGUGAGCCAGUGUAGACAUGGGCUUCAAGUCCGAUGGCCUUGUCCACAUUCCCAACAUCCCUUUCCCCCAUCUAAUAUCCUCAUCCUUCCAUAUGGACUCAGCUUUCUUGCUUUUUGCUUUUGUUUUGUUUUGUGAGAUAGGGUCUCCCCAUGUAACCCAGGCUGGACAUGAAUGAUUCUCCUGCCUCAGCUUCUGGAAUGCUAGGAUCACAGGUAUGCACGACUAUACCUGGCUUCAGCCUUUCUUCAUUUCCUGUUUGCAACCUUGCUUAUUAUCAGAAAGGAGGGGAAUAAUAAAUGUUGGGGAAUAGACCUGGGGAGGAAAACCUGUGGUACAAGAAAAGCAACCGACCAGCAUUCCUAAAGGCGGCAGUGUGCAAGGUCAGGCAGAGGCACUGCUGGGGAGGUGGGACCUGGAACAGGCCUUGCACUGUUGCAUCAUGGGUUGUGGUCUAGGAAGGCCUCACCAGCUCCUCCCUCUGAGGCUCUGACAAGGCAACCAGGGCCGGCUGACUAGGAGUCCCUGGUUUUAGCCUCUCUGAAAGGAGCAGAGGUGGAGCAGAAGGAUUCUUUUUAUACUUUGUACAUAGACCUCACAUUUAUGUAAACAGUGUUUUUGAAUAAAAGUUUUGUUUUUGUUGUUGUUUUGUAAAUUUA